UGUAAUUAUUAUUAUGUGAUUAAACUAAUCGUGUAAAUGUAAUUUACUAGGAUGUCAGGGCACCACGGAAAAUCAUCGAAUUACAAAGUUAUAAUUUUCUGAAUAUAACACUAUAUCUCAAUUAGUCUUCUAUUAAUGAAUUAUUCUUUACCUCACGUCAGUCUCAUUCCAAACGUCGUACAUUGUUGGUUAUCUGCACGAACCCAGCCUUUACUAUGAAUCAUCCAUACACCAAUUGGCUUAAUCAUUUAUUUACUAACUAACUAAAUAAUCACAGAAAUGCAUAAACAAACAAACAGUAGAUAUUGGUUACUAACAAUGAUAGGGAAGAUCCCCUAGUGGGCUAAACUGAUAUGAUGGCUUGUUGGACAAAGGGAAGGGGGUGUGUACUGAGAAAGAGCUGGAAUGACAAAAGGAGUCACCAGUACCCACAGUUGAUAAUUAUAUGAAUUGAAAUGCUAAUCCUUUGCACAUGAAGGCUCACUCAUUCGGGAAUAAUUGCAAUCAAUAUAUAUAUUUACGCCCAUGUGUCGUUUGCUGGAGAGUCAGUUCAUCCGCUUCUCUUUCUCUCUCUUUCUGUUUCAUUGAAGAGCAUAGUAUUUCAUGGUUAGAACGAAUACUUCAGAGUACCAUUCAGAAAUGAUCUCAUAGAAUAGAUGUUUCGGCGGUUGUUUGUAUUCGCAUCCCAGGUUGACAUAAUUUCUAGCUACAGACUAGUAAUUAGUAUCUAAGAUUUGCUCUUAUUCUGUAGGGAUCGAUAGUCUCGGAGUUUAACCAUUUCCAGCCGUGUAGCCAAUGCUCUACGUGGUAAGGGUUAGGAAUUCAACAACUAUUCACAAUCACAGCUCACGCUGUGGGUUUGCUUAGUCUAAACUCAAACCUGUGCCCCCUCAGUUUACACCGAUGUACGCGUGGUCUCAAGAGGAUUUACUGAGGAGGGGGUUUUAUUCGUAACAGCAGAAAAGGCGGUUCUAUGAUGCCCGAUCAUGUUUGUGCUCACGGGGGCGGGCCAAUGACUUAGUUAAAGUUGAAAGGGAAUACAAUUCUCUCACAUUAAAGAUUUAACAUCACAUUACAUAAUUUCACAAAUCAUUUCAGAAAAUCUUUACUCAUCCAUUUUAUACAAGAAUUAGAUGCAAAGCUCAUAAUUGAGAAAUGUACACAUUCAGAGAUAUAGUUAUGUGUGUUUCCUGUCCUCUCUGAGGUCACCAAAUGAAACACACUCAUCAUACCCGUCCCUUAAGUGUCCACGGGCCAUUCCCACCUCACAAGUUGGCAUUUUGUUUCAUUUUCCAAUUUUGGGGAUUUUGGAGUUCGGCCACGUGAAAUCCUUUGUUCUCUCUGUGCCUUUCGCUCUGCAUGACCAGGGGGAGAACGUCUCCACCAGGAAUUUAUGGCCUGAGAUAACAGAACCUGGGUGUAGGAGAGAGUGAGAGAAAGAGGGGGAAGCCACAAUCUACACCCAGAAAGGGCCACAUCAUGACACUAGUGUCAGAUAAAGAUUUACAUCUGCCAGCCGAACCUGGCUUGUGAGCUUUCUUUUGCUCAAACUAGUGUUGCUUUAUAGCCCUAAUAAAACAUGGCAGAUUGGUCCUACUGCUGUUCAAAUGUAAAACAAAAUGUAUUUUGAAUUUAGCCGUGCUCAUUAACAACCGUCGUUUUAUAGAAUAACACAAGAAAGAUAUGCGCCCCACUAUCAUAUACACUUGUAUCCGCUGCUGUAGGCCUACACAUAAUUUGCGCCUACCAACACGCACAGAGCAGCUCCACAGUAUGAGCAAAUCUAUAAAAGAUUCGUACACUUUGCAAGAAUGUGUGAGACACAAUAAACUCUGCUUCCACUAGUUCAGUUUUGGUUAGAUUCAACAGGCCUUCAGGUGCUAGUGGCAGGGGUAACGGCGGUACAGGUGCUUGUUGUGAUGUCACCCUCGUGAUCCUGGUGCUAAGCCCUGGCUGUUCUCGAUCUUGUUGGUCAGCAGGUGGUGUGGGGGAUGGGUGGGUAUUAGAUUGGCUUCUAGGCUCCUAAACUUUGGUGAUUGAGCCUACAGGCUGGUCGGUGAGCUUGGGAUCCCUCUCGACAUGGUGUUUUUUGCUCUUGGCGGUGCCCAGCCAUGUUCAGAUAUCUAUGCUGAUCAAAGCUUAGCCAACUAUCUAUAAUUAUUCAGCGCGCCGCUACCAAAACGUAACAAUGCUAGUAGCUACUAGGUAGCCUAUAGCUGUAGCUGUCUGCAAAAGUGAACUUUCCCCAUCUCUAACCAGGUUUCCAUCCAAACAUUUCAUGCGGAUAAAUCACCUGACUGAUGAAAAAGGUCUGGGCUGAUGGAAACAGGAAAGGCCGUUACAAUUUAUAAAUGCCAACAGACAAUUUGUUCAUUCAACAAAUGUGGUAUCUUUUUGUGUCGAUAAAAUGUAUCAUGCGAGAAAUGGCGUGUAAACUUUUUUUAAUGCGCAAAUAUUGACAUAAUAACCGUCAUAUCGAAGUAAACUUGGAGGCACCCGAUGAUAUGUUGUGUGGUUCUCCCACUACUUUUAAAUGUUUUACUUUUCUUUAGACAGGGCGGGUCACCAUUGAGGCCAGGGUCUAUUUCUCAAUGGAGCGCUGUGAACAUGAACACACAGUACAACAUAAAGCAACAUAACAACAACACAAUACAAUAAAUACCCACAAGAUUCAUCAAAACAAACAACUAUCACAUAUGAUCUCGAUCAAAAGGUUAUUCUCUGAGCUGGGGGUAUAAAAACUAAAAGCAUUUUUUCCCCAGCUCAGUGGAGACCCACCCAUGCACAUUUGUGGCCUGCUGGAGGUCAUUUUGCAGGGCUCUGGCAGUGCACCUCCUUGCACAAAGGCGGAGGUAGCGGUCCUGCUGCUGGGUUGUUGCCCUCCUACGGCCUCCUCCACGUCUCCUGAUGUACUGGCCUGUCUCCUGGUAGCGCCUCCAUGCUCUGGACACUACGCUGACAGACACAGCAAACCUUUUUGCCACAGCUCGCAUUGAUGUGCCAUCCUGGAUGAAUUGCACUACCUGAGCCACUUGUGUGGGUUGUAGACUCCGUCUCAUGCUACCACUAGAGUGAAAGCACCGCCAGCAUUCAAAGUGACCAAAACAUCAGCCAGGAAGCAUAGGAACUGAGAAGUGGUCUGUGGUCACCACCUGCAGAACCAUUCCUUUUUUGGGGGUGUCUUACUAAUUGCCUAUAAUUUCCACCUUUUGUCUAUUCCAUUUGCACAACAGCAUGUGAAAUUUAUUGUCAAUCAGUGUUGCUUCCUAAGUGGACAGUUUGAUUUCACAGAAGUGUGAUUGACUUGGAGUUACAUUGUGUUGUUUAAGUGUUCCCUUUAUUUUUUUGAGCAGUGUAUAAGAGAGAAAAAUGAAGAGAUGAUGAAAACCACAAAUUCAGAGGCAAUGAUUAUAAAUUAUUACGUGUGGAGAGACAUGUGAAGAUAUUUCGAAUGUGUUUUUCCACUUUGUGGUUUAAAUGAUUCAUUUCAUGGUUGAAAUGGUUCGAAUUCUCGUUUAAUGUAAAAUAGUGUUAUCAAUCUCAAACUGUGUUAUUCCAAUUAUAGCCACAAGGGGUCAGGCUUGUCUUCAACCAUUGAGCCAACGUUCCUACAUUUUAGAAAGUGGCUUGUGGAGAUCAUAUUCAUUUCAAAACAAGGUAACAUCUGAUCAGCCCCUAUCAAUUCGCUUAAUCCCUUAAUGCCAGGAACAGUCAAUGAUGACGAGGAGAAACUGUGCAAGACAAUGAUGGCGCAUUGGGCCAAUUUAGCUCAAACUGGGUGAGCACUCACUCCAACAUAAACUGAUGACAAUCUGGCUCCUGGUUCUAGCUCACACAACAGUUCAGCACAGAGCACAUCAAUUGAAAAAGACUCAGAGGCUACUACUGCAAUGCGUCAUAAAUGAAUGCUAACUAAGCAGCAUGCUGAUAUCUGGGCACUAACUGUUGACUAAGUGUGACCCUCAACUCGCCAAACGGGGAGUGGCUGAUGCAGUGACCCAUUUUAAUACCAGAAAGAGUACAUGGAGCUGGGUUUGAAGCAGGUGGUUGGGAAAAAACUGACGAGAAGAAGAUGCACUUCCUAUUAGUAAACUCAAUUAACGCUAUAUAAAAGCAUGUUCUUUGGCUUUGCAGUGGGAUAAUGUGUGGAGAACAGUUGUUGCUGCUGAAUGUGUCUGCAGUAGUGUGUGCUGUGUGGUCUGGCACUGGAUACGUUUCCACAGGCGGCAUAGUCCUGUGGACAGCUGGGGGGAAGUGGGGACAUGCAGGAGGGCAGCUGCAGGUCAGGGUCAUGCAUGGGUUCACAUUCUUCAUUAAAAGAAAGUCAGGUUGUCAUAUUUAACAUACAUCUCAUUACACUACGCUGCUGGGCAAGAAACUCUGCAUAAAGACAUGAACCCAACAAGGGUAACAGAGCUUCUCUUUGCACAUGAAUAAAUGCAAACAUAUUUGCAUAAUACUGUAAUAACAACAGUGGGAAAUCAAGCUGUCUAAUAAAAGGAGACAGCGUGUUGAAGGCAGCCACUCUUCUUCUCCCUAAAGUACACCGAUGUUUCAGAUGAUUUAUUCAUACAUCCAGACCCAUUUCCUUGCUUUUGGAAUUGAAGUCAGAGCUACCUCCUCCUCUCUCAUCCAUCUGGGAAAGCCCAACAUGUGGCAGAUACAAGACGAUAAUAGUACUAAUUUAGAUGGAAUCAGGUCAUACACAAGGAGCUCCGAAUCCAAGUUCCAUUUCUGAAGUCUGGUCCAAGUGUCUCAAUUGAGCAAGAGAGGGAUAUUUACAGGAUCAACCCCUUCAUUCCUCCAAUGAGUAUUGUAUCCAGGUCACACAACAAAGGACUGUCACUCAGGUGCUUCCUUGCUGACUGUGAGGGUGACAAUACGUUGCCCUCCUGAGAUAACCAACAGUAUGUGCUGCUCAUUUUAGCAGACACUUUGUAGUUCUAGUUAUUUAGCAGAGCAAUUUACAGGAGCAAUUAGGGUUAAGAGCCUUGCUCAAGGGCACAUUAACAGAUUUUACACCUAGUCAGCCUGGGGAUUCGAACCAACAACCUUUUGGUUACUGGCCUAAUGCCACUACCUACCUACCUACCUUUUGCAGUGCAAAAAAUGACUAGGAUAUGUUGUGUGUAUGACUUGAGUGGCAGGACACCAGCAUUCGUCAUGUGAAUUAUGCAUUUUGGGUUUAUUUUUCUGAAGAAUACCAAUUCAAUGCAUAACCCAACUUGCCUUUCAACCAAUCAUCGUCUGUGUAUCGAAAGUGGAGGCUUUGACUUGUACACAUUUUUGGUCCAGUGUUACAUCCCAUCCUUCGAGAAUAUGUACAAUUCAGUGGAGGCUGCUGAUGGGAGGACGGCUCAUAAUAAUGGCUGGAAUGGAGUAAAUGGUAUGGUAUCUAAGAAGCCUUUUCCAUGUGGUUAAUACCACUCCAUUGACUCCAUUCCACCAUUAUUAUGAGCUGUCCUCCCCUCAGCAGCCUCCACUGGUACAAUUCCAUUACAAUUACAAUGUCAAAUCCAUUCCAUUUCAAUCAUUUCAAACGAGCAGGUGUCUACACGCCAGUGCAAUUGCUACUUCGUUCAAAUGUGUAUUUUCUCUAGUCUAAAACACUGUCAACGCCUAACUACUUUAUAUUUAAAAUGAAAUGUAGAUUUAUUUAUUUUAAUACCACAUGGCCAUAACUCAUAAAGUCCAUUGCAAAUAUAUUCCCUUUUUUUUCAUUACAGCUAUAACGUCAGCACAGUGCCAAAGAAAAAUAAACAUCGCAAUCUCAUUGGAGGAAAUUGAGUGGUCAACGUAAGCGCUCCCCAUGAAUGAGAAGAUGAAUAGGUUACAACGCAGGGGAUGACAAGUCAGAGAUAUCGACAGGCAAUCGUGCAAACCUAAAUAAUCUUUAGGACUAAACAAUCAAUCAUAUUUGGAGUAAAUAUACCCAACACAGAGCGACAGAUUCGAGAGUUUGUGCUUUUGGAAUCCACAUCCAAAACUAGACGAGCGCGCGCAUUCCAGAACAAUAUUGGCGUUUUUGCUUGUUCCAUCAUCAUGACGCUGACAAUUAAAUAGCUUAGACUGUGUGACUUUUGUGAUAGGCAUGCUUGAAAUAAUGAGCAAGUAUUUUAUUUGACAAAGCCUACUUACGUUUACAAAAAUGGAACGACAGCUUUACAUGUCAGAGCGCAAAAAUAUGGAUACUUGCUUGAGACGUCUGAAGCAGGAACUGGUCUGUAUGAAGGAGGCAGGAGAUGGCCUCCAUGCUCAAAUGAACUCCAUGAUGGGGGCUCUUCAGGAACUCAAGCUUCUACAAGUGCAGACAGUGCUGGAGCAACUAGACAUCUCAGGGAGGCCCAUCCAAAGGGCGGCCCCACCACCAACAGCAGACACAUGUGGCCCUUGCCCUAUCCCCAGCCUCAAGCCUACCCUCGGACCUGGCCACGAUUUGACCCUCAGGCCCCCCUUGGACUGGACAACUGGUCAGGAGGAGCAGCAGCAGCAGCAGAGCCGAGUGGGGCACCGGAGCAGCCUGGGCACCUCUCCUUCCUCCUCCAGCCUAGAGACAUUGGAGACUGAGAGUGAGAGCCAGCCUCUCCCUCUCCCCCGCAGAGUGUCUGGAUACACUGCCCCACAGGUGGAGUACUGUGGCCCACGUCUUAGCCAAGUGUUUCCAGAGCAGCAUCAGCAUCCGGCUCACCCAGCCCAGGUGGUGGAUCUGCCUGGCAUCCUCUACAGCUUGUCCAGGGAAGGCCCCUCGCUGGACAGCGACUACUUCCAGGACAGCAUGGACGACUCCAGCGACUGGACCUCCUCGCUCAUGAGCCGCAGCCGCAACCGGCAGCCCCUGGUCCUAGGGGACAACGUUUUUGCCGACCUGGUGGGCAACUGGCUGGACUUGCCUGAGCUGGAGAAGGAGGAGAUGAUUGGGGGUGUUUGUGUGGGGGCGGACGGAGCCGACAGGCCCGACUCCCCAGCCCACCCUCUCCGUCUCAGCCGCUCCCAGGAGAUCUGCAGGAAGUUCUCUCUGACCACCAACAUCUUCAAGAAGUUCCUGCGCAGCGUGAGGCCCGACAGGGACAAGCUCCUGAAGGAGAGGCCAGGCUGGAUGGUCCCCGAGAACCAGGAGGCCAAACUCUUCAAGAGGCCCAAGAAAGUGGCCAAGCAGCAGACCAAGGGAAGCUUCUACCUCCCGUUCUGGGCAGGUGUAGGACAGCAGCAGCAGGGUAAGGGCCGGACAUGUCCCCAGCUGGCUGAGGAGAGACACAGCCAGAGCCAGUUCUCAGAGAUUUACAUAGACAGGAGACAAGAGUGGAGACAGGAGGCCAGAGUGGAGAAAAUGCAGCCCUUGUUUGACUACAACACGGCUGUGUGGGUCUGAUGCUGACGCUGCUCCAGGGUGGUGGCAGGUGUUGGGGAUUUGGCUGGGAGCUCUGGGAGGUUUGUGUGUUUGUCUGUCUCCUCUCAGAGAAUGGACUGACUGAGGAAUGAAUAUCCACACUAUUUCCCAACAGAGAGAUUAUCAGGGCAACUGUUUGUCUGACAAUCCUAAGACCUCACUGGCUGUGACUGAGAGAGUAAGCAGGACUUCCUCUUAUAGAUGGGUUCACCAAAAUUGUUAGGACUCGAAUGAGUCCAUAAGUGCCCUGGACUUAUACAAUAGACGGUACUUCAAUAUGGACACGAUGCUCAGAAAUGCUCUGAAUUUCAUCGUCAUGGUUCACACCUCAACCCUGUUUCAUUAUGUUUGAAUUCUGCUCGUAGGUCCCACCCAAGUGUAUCCCCACCCUCAUGUCUCAUCUUGUACUUCUAUCUAGCAAUAGAACACAGCUGUUACACGUACUGCAUGGGCUCUAGUAAAUGUUUUAUCUGUGACGUUGUGAAACAGUUGCCACUGAACUGCCACUGAGCAUGACCACAGGUGCUUCUUCGCCUCGCUGCCCAGAGUCAGACAGCUGGAUGAAUACACAAGAGUCUAAUAUUGUCACAUCAACCUCACUCAGGGAUCGGGAUGGGGCCUGUGUGACCGACUGGGUUUGAACCUGGAUCUCCUGUGCACCACAAGACUGUUCUAGCCCGCUGAGGUAAAGCCUAGGCGUUAGCUUGGGGAGCUAACGCAAGUCUUCAGGUCUCAGGCAAGGUUACUCAUCACAUCACAUAUCCUUUGUUCCGAACCACGUCCGUUACACCUUCACCGUUCACCAUCCACCUACACACACAAAGCCACUCCAGGAUAGGGUUAACUCUUGCCUUGUAGACAUGAUGGCACAUCUUGACUCGACAGCCAAUCAUCCUGGGUAGUGUAUUACACAUGGCAGAGAGAGAGAGAGAGAGAGAGAGAGAGAGAGAGAGAGAGAGAGAGAGAGAGAGAGAGAGAGAG